GAAACAGCUAUAGGAGUGAAUGAGUGAGAAUCAUGUGACCAGCCAAGCCAGUCUAUACUCCAUGUCUGUCUAUUAAUCAAAAUCAAAAGCCAUAAACUUUGUGUAAAUCCCAAGGAAUCUCCCUUUUGUUUCAGUUUUUGGGUCUGAGUGUGUAUUUCUUGGUUUGGCUUCCAUGGCUUCUAGUGCUUCAAGGUUCAUCAAAUGUGUCACAGUAGGAGAUGGGGCCGUUGGGAAGACCUGCAUGCUUAUUUGCUACACAAGUAACAAAUUCCCCACUGAUUACAUACCCACUGUGUUUGAUAACUUCAGUGCUAAUGUAGUUGUCGAAGCCGUUACUGUAAACUUAGGCCUCUGGGAUACAGCUGGACAAGAGGAUUAUAAUCGGUUAAGGCCAUUAAGCUAUAGAGGAGCGGAUGUCUUUGUCUUAGCUUUCUCAUUAGUUAGUCGUGCUAGCUAUGAGAAUGUAUUGAAGAAGUGGAUCCCUGAACUUCAGCACUUCUCACCUGGAGUCCCACUGGUUCUCGUCGGCACGAAACUAGAUCUUCGAGAGGAUAAACACUAUUUGUCUGACCAUCCAGGAUUGGUGCCAGUGACUACUGCACAAGGUGAGGAGCUGCGGAAACAGAUAGGGGCCGCAUAUUACAUAGAAUGCAGCUCAAAAACUCAGCAGAACGUGAAAGCCGUUUUUGAUGCAGCAAUCAGAGUUGUCAUAAAGCCACCACAGAAGCAGAAGGAAAAGAAGAAAAAGCAACGUAGAGGGUGCCUAAUAAAUAUUCUAUGUGGAAGGAAAUUCGUCUGUCUCAAAUGAAAUGUGCAGACCACAUGGUAUCACAGCUCUUGCCAAAACGUGACUUUUAUCGUCCAUGACCAAUCAGCUUUUAUUUUUAUUCUAUUUUGUAAGGAAAACAAAACAUUGGAGAAAUCAGUAUAUUCUGUAGACACUAAUUAUAUUGCAUACACUAUGUAGUGGUCCACUGUAUAAAGAAUGAGGCUUCUUCUUUUA